GUCAUUCAUUAGUUUUGGAAACAAAAACAGUAAAAUAAUUUAUUUUUAUCUCUUCUUCACAUUGUUUAUCGUCAGUACACAAUUACACAUUCAAAAUGGUGACAUCCUAUUAUAUAAUGAAAAUGGCUAAAAAUAAAAUAUACGCGAAUACAGAUAAGUACUUCAGUAAUAUAUAUAAUGCACCAAUAUCAAAAGAAAUAAUCAAAGAAAAUUCCAAGUGCAGAGUUUGUCUUAAGUUCGGUGCUAUAUCUAUUUUCGACAUGGAAAAUACAAACGACAUUACAGAAGCUUUAAAGCUAUUUGCAAACAUUGAAAUAAAUGAAAAUGACACAUUUCCAAAAUGCUUGUGUCACAUUUGCUAUCAAUUCAUAAAAAGUGCAGUCAUGUUCAGGAAAAUAGCAAAAAAAACAAAUGAAACAUUAAAAAAUCAACCUGACAUCAAUGUUCUCUGUGAUGACUGGGAUGAUCCAUUUAGUGAUGUAAAAUUCUUGCAAAAUAAGAAUAAUGAGAAUGAAUUUGACUCAUUGAUUAAUCCGACUAAAAAGGAAAAAGAUAAAAGAGAUUUGAAAGUCCAAUGUCAGACAUGGUAGGUAUGCAGAACGUCUUAAAAGUCAUAUGCGCACACAUUCAGGUGAAUACAGAUAUAUGUGCACAGAAUGUCCUGCACGAUUUCUCUUUAAAGGAAACUUCAACAGUCAUGUCUUGUUAAAACAUAAAGAGCCACAGCAUAAAUGUGAUAAUUGUGAAAAAGCUUUUCAUACCAAACUGAAACUCCAAAGACACAAUGAAGUUGAUCAUUUGGGAAUCAAAAGUCAUAUUUGCAACAUAUGUGGACGGGCAUUUGGUUAUAGAAAUGCUAUGAUGAAACAUCAAAGGCG